AUGCGAAUUACCAAAACCCAAUUAGCAGGAUUAGAUCAAUACAAAUAUUCAGGAGUAGAUAAGAGCGUAUUGUCCAAACAUGUCCUGGGUCCAUUCUGGACUUGGUUGGUCACUCUUUUCCCAAAGACUUUGGCUCCUAAUACCAUCACCUUCCUCGGUCUCUGUUUCGUGAUCAUCAACGUCUUCACUCUACUCUAUUACGAUGUGACAUACGAGGGGAAGGUCUUACCUAGUUGGGUAUACUUAUCAUGGGCAAUUGGGUUAUUCGCUUAUCAGAGUAUGGACGCGAUAGAUGGUAAACAAGCUAGAAGAACGGGUAUGGCUAGUGCUCUAGGUGAGAUGUUCGAUCAUGGAUGUGAUGCUAUAAACACGACUCUCGAGGUCAUCCUCUGUUCUCACGCAUUAGGUCUGAACAGAUCAUGGUGGACAGUAGCUUCUCAGGCAGCUUCUCUGUGCAAUUUCUACGCUUCGACAUGGGAGGAAUACCACACCGGCACCUUAUACCUAUCCGCCUUCUCAGGACCAGUCGAAGGAAUUUUGAUGAUCUGCGUGAUAUACCUUAUCACAGCUUUCCAUCCUUCCGGACCUGGAUUCUGGUCAACUCCCAUAUUGACUCCUCUCAUCAAAGCUUUCCCGCAAUCUUUGGACCUCAUCUAUCAGAUCAAUGAUGUAUUGGGUUUGAAAGGGUACUGGAAGUUGGAUAAGCUACCUGCAAAUGUCGCUUUCAUGACUUUCGGUGCGUUGGGGACUGUGGGAAAUAUCGUUACUUCCUACUCAAACGUCAUUCAAGCCCGAAGAAAAGCCGGUAAACCAAUCUUAUCACCUUUACUCGGAUACCUCCCCUUCUUCACCCACACUCUCAUCUUAGUCACAUGGUUACAUGCGGAAUUGAGAGGUGGUGUAAGCUUAGUUCACGAUGCUAGAUUAUUACCUUUCAUUGGAUACUGGGGAAUGGCCUUCUCGUACCAAGUAUCUCAACUGAUCCUCGCCCACGUUACCAAAUCUCCCUUCCCUUACUGGAACGGAAUGAUGGUAUACUCUCUGUUCGGAAUGAUCGACGCCAAUGCUCUUUGGUGGUUUGGACGUGAACCUCUCGUACAAUCCUCUCCUAUUGCUGCCAACGUAUUUAUCAGCAUGUCCUUCUUCGUGGCUUUGUUCAACUAUAUCAGAUUCGCUAGAGAAGUCAUCUGGCAGAUAACCGAACACACUGGUAUUGCAUGUUUCACCGUCCGACAUAAGGAUGCGAGUGGGAAAUGGGUCGAGAACGGUGUUCCUGAUAGGAAAGGUCAGUAG